AUGGAGCCCAAUGGCGUGCUGCCGGAAGGGGGAGAAGGCGGAGAGAGCAUCGAGCUGGGGCAGCGGCAUGAGGCGCGCAUCGGGCCUCCGCCCAAGUUAUCCCGCAUUCGGGCACACCCUGCCGGACUGCAAAUUGCAAUGAUUGCAAAGCCUCAGGUGUGGUACUUCCUCCUUUGCCUCCUAGUCGCAGGGCUGCCAUGUGCGGCCUCCGUCGUUCUUUGGUCCGACAUGGGCUUUGGCCAGGAGGUGUACGCGUACUUCUUUGGUGGCACAGCGCACGGGGCGAUCUACGCUGGACUGUCGCUUCUGCUGCUGCUGUGCCUGUACCUAUUGGACUUCUUUUGGCCCCCCCACCUCGAAGGCCAAUACUUCGUUCUAUGCGACAAGGACAUGUUUGUUGGGAGGGCCAUUUUGGGCAUCGCGGGCAUGCUGUUGUUCGCUGCAGCACUCAAUCUGGCGGAGACGUAUCCAGCAGUACCCAUCCAGUGCACGGUUCUGCUGGGUCCAUUGCUGACCACGGUUGUGCGGGCCUUGACGCGGCCUCUGCCAGAGGAUGCUGAGCCGGUCUUCAACCAAGUAGGGCACGUGCACAGCAUGAGGAUGCUGAAGAUGCAGCGCUACGUUGGUUCGGAGAGGGAUGCUACGGCAUUCUAUGCUGGUAGCAUGACGGCGUUUUUCCUACUUGGGAUUCUGACCUUGGCCGUCUGGCUCGUGUGGGCGCUUAACGAGAACAUCGAUUUUAGCGACGUCACUUUUGGUGAUGCCGAGUCGGAGCUGACGUACAUUCGUUGGGUCUCGCCCGUGGCAGUGGGCUUGGCGUACCUGAUGUUCGGCUUAAUUGUGUCUCUGCGAGUAGGUCUGGCGAAAAGCUACAACCAUGGCGACAUGUUGCUCCAGAUGGUGACUGAAAGUGACCAGGUCACAAUGAGCAACGGGCGCAAGUCAGUGCGCCGCAAGACACUGGUGGGCCUCGUUUCGCAGCAGAUCGAGGAUGAGGACUGCAAGCUGGCUUUCGACAAGCUGAGCAACACACAGAAGGACAAGUUCGCAGAGAAGCAGAUGCAGAACUUGGACCUCGUCUCUCGCAUGAUCAAAGUUUGUGGCUGUGUCUUUGUGCUCAUGUUCGGCACCACUUGGAUGGCCAGUCAGCUGGUUUCCUCCAGUAGCCACCUUUCUGACCUGGUUCUUGGGUUCCUCGGGGUCUUCAGCAUGAGCUUCUGCCUCUUCGUGGCCGUGGCUUUCCAGCGGCUGAAGACGGUCAUGGCCGACUGGUGCAAGAACCUACCACUUUACCGGCUGUCCGUGAGCCUCCUGAAAAGUGAUUGGGUGCGUGCGCUGCUCGUCUUCUGCUUCAGUCCACUGCUACCCGUGGUGCUGGCUCUUUCCUGCUUGAACCAGAAGACUCGCAAGUGGCGCGGCCUCCCAACCAUCACCUAUGAGGCAGAGGAAUCGGUCGCGCUUGCACCGAACAGUGACGCGGAGCAGCUCUGGCUCACGCAGCGCGUCUCCUUCCAGGUGGAGGCAAUGCGUCUGGACUGGGACUGGAUCUCUAUCUUCAUGAAGAUGUAUGUCUUCGGCCUCCUCAUGCUCCUCUACGUGACUUUUCCUAUCCUGCUGAACGUCUUCCUUUCCUGGCUCAGCUCGGCACUUCAGGGCUUUGACUUCGGCUUGGUAUGCCUCUGCAUCGUUCUGGCAGGCAUGUGCUGCUUCCUUCUACCUCCGGUGCCGGGGGUGCCUGUCUACCUGUUCGCUGGCAUCAUCAUUGCGGAUAAGUGUCCCCUGGGCUUCGAGGCCGGUGCGGGCAUUGCCAUCGCAGUGGGGUUCCUUCUGAAGCUCAUGGCUUGCGCCAUGCAGCAGAAGCUCAUUGGGGAGCGCCUGGGCGCAAACUUGACCAUUCGCACACAGGUCGGGAUCAACACACCGAUGAUCCGUGCCAUUGAGGCUGUGCUCCGCGAGCCGGGCAUGAGCAUCGGAAAGGUGUCGAUUCUCUGCGGAGGCCCGGACUGGCCCACCUCCGUCUUGGCGGGGAUCCUGCACCUGUCGCUCUUGGAGUGCGAGCUCGGAACCCUACCCAUCGUGUUCUUCGUGGCCGCCUGCUCCCUCUCGGGAUCCUUCUACUUGAAGCAGCACGAGAGUGAGUUGUGGGACCGUGCCGCCACGUUCAUGAUGUCGGCCUCGGUGUUCCUGUGCAUGCUGCUCCAGAUCAUGGGUGCCUGGGCCAUACAGACGCAAUUGGACCAACGGGAGUGGGAGUUGACGAAGCCCUUGGAGCAGAACGUGGAGCUGGACUGGCUGGACUUUCGCUGGCGAGAGAUGUCACGGUCGCUCUUGCUGAGGUGGGUCGACGUCCCAGCUUGGAUUCGGGCCGUGACCCUCCUUGGAGUACUCAUACAGGUGAUGGUGGGGCAAGUGUUCUACUGGAGGUCGUCCAUGUGUUUUGGGGAGUUCGAGGUCACGGACGACAUCGACUCCUUGGAGUGGUGGGUGGACGGCGAGUCAGGCCUCGUCCUUCUUCCAGGACUUGUUUGCUGCUGCCUGUCGAUCGGAGGCUGGGCCUUUUACUUUGUCAUGUCCUGCUGGCUGAAGCAGAAGCGAGCAAAGCCCUUCUCGGACAUGGCAAAGCGACUGGAUAUGAUCGAGGUCCGCUGGAAGGAAAUGAGACGCGCACUAGCCGCGGAUCUUUCUGCUCAUGGCGCCUGCAGGGACAACUGGGAGGCUUUGAGGCAUGCAAACGAGACGGCCCAAGAGAUGCUGAGGGAAGCACGUGUGAUGGCCACGGAGUAG